AUGGUUGUGGUCGCGGUUGUGGUCGUGUUUGAAGUCGAGGAAACUGCGUGGAUCAAAGCCGUGAAGGAAUCCCUCAAGGAGCUUAAAGAAUGGUGCAACGAGAACUGCAAGCUAGGGAUCAUCUGGAACGCCACCGGACAGGCUGCGGCGGACUACUUCGCAGCAGCACCCUUGGGCUCCGGCGGCGCAGCGGCAGGAGCCGCCGCCCCGGCCCCGAAGAGCAAAGGCAAGGGCAAGGGCCCCGCCAUGCCCAAGGGCGGGCUGUCACCGAUGCCGGAGGAGGUCCGGGCCAAGCUCCGGGAGGGUGCCCCAGCGGCGAAAGCCCCUGCAGCAGGGGCGGGCAUGUCGGCAGUGUUCAGCGCCAUCGGCCAAUUCGAUACCGGCAACCUGAAGAAGGUCACUUCAGACAUGAAGACCAAGAACCAGCCCAAGGACGGAACGGGAACAGUGGUCGCGCCAAAGGCCGCCCCGGCGCCGGGCCCGUCCAAGGGCUUUAACCGGCGGGGUCCUCGUGGACCGCCCUCCAAGGAGCUUCAAAAGGAUGUGAACUGGAUGGUGGAGAACUACGACGGCGAGCGAAACCUCGUCAUGGAUGAUGUCAGCAUGCAACAGCUGGUUUGCAUCAUCAACUGUCGGAACACCACCGUCCACAUCAAGAACAAGGUCAAGUCUAUUUGCAUCGAUGGCUGCGAGAAAGUCAACGUCAUCUGCCAAGACGUGAUCUCUGCCGUGGAGCUGGUGAACAGCGACCGAUGUCAAAUGCAGGCCGUCGGCAAGGUUGUCGCCAUCGCCAUUGACAAGUGCGACGGCGUGAACGUCUUCCUCUCAAAGGAGUCUGUGGGUGCUGAGAUUACAGCCUCCAAGUCAUCGGAGAUGAAUGCCCGGAACUCGGUGGCGACCGCACCUGUUUCGCUGAGGGCAGGAUGCGAUUGA